AAAUAAAUAAAUUAUGAAGAAUAAGUCUGAAGCCAGAGAAUAAAACAAAUGAAGAGAAAUUAUUGUUCUUCAAAGAUUCUCCAUCAGAUUCGUGCACAGCUGAUCUCUACACUGGUCUUAUAGGAAAAAAUAAAAUAGUAAGAGUGGGCUGUGACUGAGUUCAACCAACUGCCUUUGAGCAGAUGUUAAAUUGCUGUGUACGUGAUUCAAUUCACUAUGAUCAAAUGUCUGCCCUAUAAAAAUGCACAAUUUGACUGAUAAGAAUGUGACGCAAAUACGCAUAAAAAUAAAAUUUGUUUACAGUUUUAAACAUUUCUGUUAAACACAGAAUCAGAAUUCCACUCCUUGCUGAGUUGUCUUUUGCCCCUCCCAUCACUCUCUCACUGGAUCUGAAUAAAAAGGAAGUAGUCAAGUUUAUUCUCUGAAAUAUUCUAGGGCUUUCAGAAAACUCAACUUAGAGUGUCUUUGGCAGUCGGAAGGUUGCUUCUAGGUAGAUAUUCAUGCAUAAGACACUGCAUAGAAACUCUAUGCCUAGUAUUGCAUUCUAUAUCCUAGUAUUGCAUUGUAGGCAUAUCCUAGUAUUGCAUUCUAAGCAUGAAUAUUUUUGAGGAUAACAACAGAUGACAGAAGAAGAUUACAGAACUUAAAAGAAAACAGUCGAUUUCACCCUAGAGUAAUGUUAUGCAAAAGAUCUGUUACAUUUGUUGCUUGGGAGUGAAAACAUUUUAUUAGCUCUUCCUUUGAUACAUUGAAUGCUGGGACAUGGAUAGGAUAAACAAGACAUUUGUGAAAGAAUUCAUUCUUCUAGGACUCUCUGGUUACCCAAAACUUGAGAUUAUUUUUUUUUCUCUAAUUCUAGUAAUGUAUCUAGUGAUUCUAACUGGUAAUGGUGUUUUGAUCAUAGCAAGCAUCUUUGAUUCUCGUCUUCACACCCCCAUGUACUUCUUCCUGGGCAACCUGUCUUUCCUGGAUAUCUGCUAUACAUCUUCCUCUGUUCCCUCAACUUUGGUGAGCUUAAUUUCAAAGAAAAGGAACAUUUCCUUCUCUGGAUGUGCAGUGCAGAUGUUCUUUGGGUUUGCAAUGGGGUCAACAGAGUGUUUCCUCCUUGGCAUGAUGGCUUUUGAUCGCUAUGUAGCCAUCUGUAACCCUCUAAGAUACCCCAUCAUCAUGAGCAAGGUGGUGUAUGUACUGAUGGCUUCUGUGUCAUGGCUCUCUGGUGGAAUCAACUCAAUUGUGCAAACAUCUCUUGCCAUGCAGUUGCCUUUCUGUGGGAAUAAUAUUAUCAAUCAUUUCUUAUGUGAGAUAUUAGCUGUCCUCAAGCUAGCUUGUGCUGAUAUAACCCUCAAUUAUGUUACCCUAGCAGUUUCAAAUAUGGCAUUCCUGGUUCUUCCACUGAUAGUCAUUUUUUUCUCCUAUAUGUUCAUCCUUUACACCAUCUUGAGAAUGAACUCAGCCACAGGGAGACGCAAAGCCUUUUCCACCUGUUCAGCACAUCUGACUGUGGUGAUCAUAUUUUAUGGUACCAUCUUCUUCAUGUAUGCCAAGCCCAAGUCUCAAGACCACCUUCGGAAUGACAAUUUGCAAGCUACAGAGGGGCUUAUUUCCAUGUUUUAUGGGGUAGUGACCCCCAUGCUAAAUCCUAUAAUCUAUAGCUUGAGAAAUAAAGAUGUAAAAGCUGCUGUGAAAUAUUUGCUGAAUUGGAAAACUGUUAACCAAUAA